CCAGCAGGGCCCGGGCGGCUCCUCCCCCCCAUUGCUGGCAGUACUCUGGCUCAGGACAGCCCAGCUCGGAGAAUGGCGUGCUUGCUGAGGCCGUGGCUCCCCGGGAGGAAGCUCACACAAAAGAUCUCCUUGGUGGCAAAUCUCUUCCCAAGAUUUCUAAGGAAUGGUGGUUUCAGUUCACAUGCUGUAAAUGCUCAGAAACAUGUUCCUCGCAGGGCUGUACUAUACAUACCUGGCAAUGAUGAAAGAAAAAUACGAAAAAUCCCUAGUCUUGGUGUUGACUGUGCAGUACUCGACUGUGAAGAUGGAGUAGCUAUCAACAAAAAGGCUGAAGCCAGAAAAACCAUUGUUAAAACUCUGGAAGAAUUUGACCUUGGAGAUACUGAGAAGUGUGUCAGGAUUAACUCUGUGUCCAGUGGCCUUGCAGAAGAGGACUUAGAGGUUAUUCUGCAGUCCAGAAUACUACCUUCUUGUUUGAUGUUGCCAAAAGUUGAAAAUUCAGACGAGAUAAAAUGGUUUGCAGACAGAUUUUCACACUACAUGAAGGGCAGAGAUCUGGCACAGCCAAUAUACAUAAUAACCUUUGUUGAAACUGCUACAGGAUUGCUCAACUUUAAGGAUGUCUGUGAAGAAUGCUUACGAAGAGGCCAGGAUUCUCGGUUUCAUCUGGAUGGAGUUGUGUUUGGAGCAGAAGAUUUCCGUGCAAGCAUAGGUGCCACAAGUAGCAAAGAUGCUCAUGAUGUGCUGUACGCAAGGCAGAAAAUCAUUGUCGUUGCCAAAGCAUUUGGACUACAAGCCAUUGAUCUUGUUUACAUUGACUACAAUGAUGGAGAUGGACUUCUGAGACAGUCAAGAGAAGGAGCCCUGAUGGGAUUCUCUGGUAAGCAGGUGAUUCACCCGAGCCAGAUUCCUAUUGUCCAAGAGCAGUUUACUCCGAGCGCUGACAAAAUAAAAUGGGCCCAUGAAUUGAUUUCUGCUUUUCAAGAGCACCAAAGAUUAGGAAAGGGUGCAUUCACUUUCCAUGGGAGCAUGAUAGACAUGCCUUUGCUUAAGCAGGCACAGAACAUUGUUACGCUUGCCAGAGCCAUCAAGAAAGAAUCAUCUGUUAAAUGAAGCUCUCGCCGGGAGGCCAAACCGUACACACUCUCUUCUUAAAGGAAAAGAAGGAUGAUUUGAGAAAUUCACUGUAGAAUGGUCCAUGCUAUUGAGAAUUGUGUCUCCAUUUAUUUUCUGUACAUGUACACCAUUAAUUAAAAUAAACAUCCAGACCAUG